AUGAAUUCAUUAAAGACCAAAUCAGGUGAACGAACUAAAUCAGCACCUAACAACAGAACCAGAUAUGAUAACUAUGAUACAACUUCAAGUAUCUUAUCAGAUUAUGAAGAAAUGGAUUUCGUUGAUAUUGAACAGUCACUGUACGUGUUAUUUAAUCCAGUUAGAUCAAUACAAACGAGAAACACGUCAGAUAUACUAUCGUUAACAAACACUGCUACUCACACUUAUUCUUCAGAUCUGGAGCUUGAGGAGGGAGAUGAGGAGGAAGGAGAAGAUAAAGAAGAGGAACAUACAGAAAUUAAGGGCCAAGAGGAAGAAAAUGAUGAAGAAGAAGAAGAAGAAGAAGAAACAGAAUUAAGUGACUCGAAAUAUCACGAAAAUGAUGUAGCUGAUAUCUUUUAUAGUGCACGACUGGAUCAUUUAUCAAAUAAAAUUAAUAGUUGGUAUAAUUCGAAUAAUAAUGCAUUAAUUCAUUCUCAUUUAUUGAUGAAUGAAGAUGUAGCUAGUUGGAAUUUAGAUGAAACUGUUAUGUCUGGAUCAUCAACAACAGCAAGAUCAAGUACAAGAUUAAUGAUAAUUACUGAAGAUGAAGCUCUGAAAGUAUUAUUGAAACAAUUUUAUGGUGAUGAAUUAUUUCAAUAUUUAAAUAAAGAAGAAAUUGCUAAAGUAAAGAAAUUUCAUAAAUUAAUUGAUAUUAAAGAUUAUCUAUUAGAUAAAGAUCAAGAAUCAAAUCAAACUUCAUUAUUAAGUCAAUUAAUUUAUAAAGUAUUAAUGUUAAAUAAUAAUAAUAAGAAUGAAACUUCCAUAAGUUCAUCUUUUCAAGAAUAUACAAAAGUAAAUUAUCCAAGAUGUGCAGCUGCUGGGACAACCGAUUAUAUCAAUUAUUUACACAGAAUACCGCCUAGUGAAAACAUAGCCACUGUGGCGCCAGAAAUUUCUGCUGAUCCUAUGGCAUUCUCAGAAACCACAAAUUCUUCAGUAAUAAUGUGUGGAGGAUACGGGUCUUGGAAUGACGUUAAUUAA